GUUAUGUGCAGCUAGAGAGAAACAUCGUUCAGGGAUGAUAAGAAGACCACGUUCAUCAGAAAACCUUUAUUAACUUCACCUGCAGGAUCUGGAAGAUGUUUUUGUUUUGGAAGUGGUGGAUGUUCAUCGUUUGUCUGGCAGAUGUCCUCCCUCCCCGUUGCUCGGGGGUUCAUGUGUUUGUGAGAGAUGACAAGAGAUAUGCCGUGCUGUUCCAGUCGGUGGUUCUGCCGUGUCAGUACAACAGCGUGUCCACCCAGAUCCCUGUGGUGCAGUGGGUCUACAAGUCGUACUGUCGGGACCGUACGCGCGAAUCGUUCAACUUUCCCGACAGCAUGAGUGUAGGCCAGGGAGGAGGUGGGCUGACGGGUGGAACCAGAGGAGCCGGUGGAGGGUACGACACGGGGAUGACGGCGAGCUACCUCGACUGCGCUGACAGCAGCCGGACGGUCCGAACUGUAGCCUCCAUCUCUGGUUCCUCAAUCACACUGUCAGAGUACUACAAGAGCAGAGACAUCUCCAUCAUCAACAAGGCAGACCUGCGUCUAGGAGAGGUCAAGUGGGGAGACAGUGGAGUUUACAUCUGUAAAGUGGUUAUAUCUGAUGAUUUAGAGGGACAGAACGAAGCCUCCGUGGAGCUGCUGGUUCUUGGUUUCUCAGGUGGGCCUGAAGAUCUCCUGCCAGGCUUUGAUUUGAAGAUUAUGCCAGAGUGGGUGUUUGUGUCGGCGGUGGCGCUGGGCAGCGUCUUAUUCCUGCUGUUGGUUGGGGUUUGUUGGUGUCAGUGUUGUCCUCACUCCUGCUGCUGCUACGUCAGCUGCUGGUGCUGCCCCGACACGUGCUGCUGUCCAAGACACCUAUAUGAGGCAGGUAAGGGUAUAAAGACGGGGACCUCCACCCCUCAGAUACCCGCCUACCCUCCAUACUUUGUCACUGGUGUCCCGACGAUGAUGCCCAUCGCACCCCCUUCUCUGGUGGACAAGAUGUCUUCUAUUCCCCCUUCGGAUGGCAGUCUACUCACAGCAGUGCCGAUGCAUGCUGUAGGGGUUCCCUACCGUGUGCCUUCGCCUCAGGAUCAGGACUCUCUCAGGGUGCUACAGUAUGUAGAGAAACAACUGGCUCACUUCAACCCUGCCAGAUCCACCAGCCACCAGUCCUGUAGCGUGUCCGAGCUGAGCUCCCUCCACGAGGGAGAAACGGGCUUCCGCCAAACUUACCGAAACGUCCAGAAAAAAGCUCUGCCUGCCAUUCCCGACCACGAACCUCAGCCUGAGCCCCAACGCUACCGUGACAACCGCAGCCCAGAGCCACAGCGUCACCGUGACAAUCCCCCUUCACCCCAACGAUAUCGCGAUGACCCCGACUCGGAGCCCCGCCGCUGCCAGGAAGAGCCUCUUCCUCCGCGGCGGUACAGCGACGACCCUCCGUCUUCCUCACCGUCACGAAGGCCCGGCCGAAACCAACGGCAACAGAAUCACAGCGAGGAGGACAACCGCAACAGGUGGAACUCUCGUUCAGAACAUCUGCAUAGAAAGACGUACCGUACCGCCGGACGAACCGUCUCACUGGAUGAGCUGGAGGAGUUUGCUGCUUCUUACAAACAGAGAGGAGGAAGAGAGGAAGUGAAAAGGCAUGAAAACAGGGGAGACUAUGAGAUGGAGCUUCAGGAGUUCAGUCGAUAUCCUUCCUACCGUCAUGGUCCACCUCAGCAUUAUCACAAUGAUGAAAAUGAGCAUGGAGACAACAGCGACCACGAAGAUCAUCCCAGACGAAACAGGAAAAACGAACAUGAGAUAAGCCCACUUUCUUCACCCACAAAGAGGAGGGGCACUUGGGACAGCGAGCGCCCCGCACCGCCUCCUCCCAGAGUCAGUCCGCCAUCAACUUCUUCUCAAGAGAAGGACUACGACGGCACGUUCCUCAACAGCCUGCUGGAGCGAAAGGCUAAGUUGCGAGGGGUCUGCCAGGGGAAGAGUGGGACCCGGGGUGAGGAGGAUUCAGACACGCCCUCAAAGAGCAGCUCGAAAAAGAGCAGCGGGGAAUCUAGCCGGCUCUGCAGCCGCUCGCCCAGUACCAGGCCCGAGGCAGAUUCACUGCCUUACUCAGACACAGAGCGAAGCAGAACUGACAGGCCGUCGCCGCGGCCGCUCCCAGCAAGCACUCGAUCCUCUCAACCUCCUGACCAUUCCCUUCCCGGUGGCAGAGACGAGCCCAGAGACAAGAACCGGAAAGUGGUCAGGUUCAGACGCUACUACAAUGAAAACUAGAGCACUCUUCUGAGCCGGGACUCCCUCAUCGUCUGACGGACUGAAAGCCACACAGACUGAGCACUAACAGGAGCCGCAUGUCAGCUGAUGAAGUAUGAAAUAUGCAACUGACCGUGAAAGAACGCUGAAUCAGUGAGGAAAUGGACAACAGAAACACUUUACCAUCGAGACUGUCACUGGGGGUUUCUGCCCGUGACGUCGCUGAAUGAUGAAGUCAUCACUGUUCAGUUUCUGUCACCGGCUGCCUCAUAUAUAUCUCAGCUGGACUAACACUGAACUGAUGUGGGCUGGGUCUAUGACCUGGACUGUCCCUCCCAGCCGGACUCCGUUCGUCUCCUCUCGUCCCUUGACUUGCUUUACGCCUCCAGCACAAUGAGUGCAUUCAUUUCCACUUGAUGAGGAUUCUGCUUUAAAUAAGCACAGUUGUAGAAACAGAGGUGUAUGACAACAGCAUUAUUGUGAAGGACAGACUGUAGCUUCAGCUGAAUGACAAUACACACUCUGUGUCGUUCAGCAACACAUUCAGGGACUAAAGCACCGAAUUCACACGGCUUUUGCGAGGAGACUUAACUAAAGCUGGUAGUGUAACCAACAUUAUCAAAUGUUGAUAUGACGUGUAUUUACAUAGGGGGUGGACAAAAUAAUGUUAACACCUCACCUCAUGGAAAAGCGGGGCCGGCCCUAUAAACGCUCAAGUCUGUUCCUGACUUACACCCCUUCCUAACUGGACGCGAUACGAACAAGCGAACAUCAGAUUAUUCCAGUAUUUCCCAUUGAAGAUGCCCUAACCUGCUCCGUGUGUCAGCAAAGAGGCAAAAUGUUGCUUGUUUGAAAAAACGCUCGCCCUGGCUCUAUUUAUGCAAAGUUUUGCGCACCUCCAACCUAUUUUCAUUGGUCAAAAUCAACGCUGACAAUAUCUGACAGUCAAUCAAUAUCGCGCUCUCUAUGUAAUAGAAAGCGACAUCGCGCUUAGUAUAUCUGAACAAUUUUUCACACUCCAUUCGCCAGAGUUCGCUCGGUCGCUGCAUUUUAGGAAGAAGUGUAACUGAGUGAGUGAUGAAGUUACAUCAGUGGUUGGUCGAGUUUCCCUAUUGGCCGUUGAUCUUUCAAACUGAAUAGACUGCGAACAGUCCUCAAUUAUUGACUCAAACGUAGCUUAACCAUGUCAUGUGAUCUGCUACUUCAGUGCAUAUUAAGGACAAAUAUUACUGGGAACACUACAAAAGAAUGCAGAUGAACAUUUGAUAUCCAGGAAUUCACAUUAUAGACACCGCUGGCUAUCCCUGUAACAAUUUGGCCACAGCCAUGUGCUAGGUUUGACCUGGUCUUGUUCUACUGACAGUGGAUCAGUAAUAUGAAAUGUGUCGCUUGUAGUGACUCCGCAGUUCCCCUCAACUAUACAGAGCCUUGUAGCGUCUUUCAGCUCAUUGAUUUGCUUUUGCUGUUUUUGUUCACUCUCUCUGCUCUCAUCACCCUGUUUCCAGCAGCAGCAGGAAGCUGUUUUAAGUUUAUAAAAAACUCUAAAAACUGACUGUACACUACCUGGUCAGCACCAAACAGCCGACAGACACAGUUAGAGACUAGCUGAUUCCCCCAGGAAUUGUUGGAAGACCAAAACAGAGCUAAAAUGAGAGUGAUUAUUGGAUUUCCAUUCAUCAGGUGGACACAAAUACGACUCCUAAUGAAUGAUAUUCAUGCUCUGUAACUGCUAGAUAUCUAAAUAAGCAACUGUUUGUUAAAAUGUUUGCCAUAACAACUUAAUAUGGUGAUAUUUUUUUUGUGUGUUUACUGGAGAUGUUCCAAUACCAUUUUUUCUUUCCCGAUGCCGAUUUAGAUACCUGAACUUAAGGUAUCGGCAGUUACCGAGUACUGAUCCGACCAGUGUGAUAAAUAUAAUAUCUUUGUUGCUUUUGGGCUAUCAUUGUCGUUGGAAUGCGGUUUCCAACGUUUGCUGCUGCAGUUCAUCCUUUUUUCUCCCCUUUGCCUAGGUGAAGUCGUUGUGCUUUUUUUGCGUGAUGCGUCUUAAAAUGUUUUAUAAGAUUGCUGGUGUUGAAAUUGGGAACACCCCUCAAAACGGAGGCCUUACAUACCAUACAUAUUGCCAUUUUACUUUUUGGAUUUUCCUCCGUGAAAUAUUGCCAAAAGGCUGACAUUUUCCUCACUCUGACUAUCGUUACACUCGUUACAGUAUAUAUUGUAAACAUUUUUAAAGCAACAUAAGACAGAAAGAGAGCUCUGAAGAUAUUAAAUAAUGUGUGCCCAAACUGCCGGAGUGCCAAUCAGAAAUUAAAUUAAAAGGUCAAUGGGAAUCAUUUUGAAAUUCAUGACAACAUACAGUAUAUGCCAAACACAGAAAGCUACACUGACUAAACUAAUGAGGCAGACUAAUACUGCAGACUGGCCUCUGACCCAGUAUGACCCACACUUAUUGCAGUGGUGAUUAUAGGGACUUCUUUAUUCAUGAAGUAGUAACAUUAUUUUGUCUCCUCCCUGUUUGUCUGUUCAUCUUCUAUUAAAACAUAUUAGAGUUUGAACAAAGUAACUAUUUCCUCCCAGAGACUAAAACUUGAUGAAAUGUUGUAAUUCUUUUGUAAACCUUUAAGGUUUUGAACUGCCACUUGCUUUUUAAAAGAUGUUUGUACCACAUUAUGAAGACAUUUUUAUAUGUAAACUGGGCCUAUUUAUGUGUGUGGAGUGAUAUGAUCGAUGUAAUCUGUAAAUGAUUGUUUGUUUAAACUUUCCAGUGUGACUGUGUACAUAAGAUGAAGUGCCUUUGAUUUGAUAACUUUAGUUCAGCCUUAUCUUAUCAUUGCUGAGUCAACAGCUAAACCAACACCUUCCUUAUCAACAGUCACACACACACACACACACACACACACACACAUAUAUAUAUAUAUAUAUAUAUACAAAACACACAUUAGCCUACUGAUUUUGUACUUAUUUAAUAUCUAACAUUACACCAAACUCGAUAUUCCUGUCUCCAUGUUGGUUUCCUCGAGAAAAGUCUGUCAGUAUUUUACUUUUCUUCCAUCGUGUUUUCUGCUGUCUGGUACCAACAAGUGUGUGUGUGUGUGUGUGUGUGUGUGUGUGUGUGUGUGUUGAAGAAAGAGAGAGAGAGAGAGAGAUGACUCUUUACUUUUCUGUAAAGGAGACAAUGUGUAAUUGAGUAUGACUCAUGUCUUUGUUCAUUGUUGUAAUCACAGACUGCCUGUCUUUUGUCGCAGUUGUUUUGUCAUCCACAUAAAUAAUUUGUUACAACACUUUUCUUCCAUAACGUACAAUAUUUAUCUUUUGGCAUAAAUACAUAAAUAUAAAGACCAAAAGUGUUUAUCUCUCCAUCGUCGCGGCAAAUAAGAUGAGCAGAAAUAAUGAAACCCAGCUUAUUGUUCUUUAUUUGUAGGAUAUUUUCAACUAAUUAGGUUCAAGAUAUUAUAUCGUACGUGCUGUGCAUUUAUUCAACUACUGUACUUAAGUAUAAUUCUGAUACAGUUGUACUUUACUUGAAUAUUUAGUGUUUUAUGCUACUUUGUACUUCUUUGAGUUAGUUACUAGUUACUUUGUAAAUACAGAAUUUACACACAUAAUACAUUGUUUUAAAUGUAACUACCCAACACUAUAUAAAGUAAUUCAAAUUGGCUCCACCUUCAACAACAGCAUUAAUAUUAAUAAUCAGUAAUGUAAUACUCCUGGGGCCAUUUGCUACAAAAUGAGCACUUUUACUUUUGAUAAGUUACAUUUUAGUAGUAUGUCGUCUUCCAUCGACGUUCUCAUGAGCUUAGAAAAUCAAUUCAAUGAGGUUUAAAAAUGUUUAUUUAGGUUAUAUUAAAAAACAAAAUUUCAAAAUGAACACAAUGGAGAUAACAUGUUUUAACUGGACAGCAAAAUCAGCUAAUAUUAUUUCUGUGCUUCUACUUGAGAAAGAACUUGAAUGCAGGACUUUUAACGGAGUACUUUCACUUUGUGGUAUCGCUUCCCUUCCCCAACUUUAAGAUUUGAGUGCUUCUUCAACCACUACAGGGUCGAUUAGAUAAUAAAACACAGCUGGAUGAAUUCUUGUUUUAACAUUCA